AUGCAGACUCGUGGAAUUACGGAGCCGAAUAUGGUCGUUGGGCCCGCAUUUGCUUAUGGUGGAUUCAUCCAACUUCUUUCUGGAAUGUGGGAGAUGGCGGUCGGGAAUACCUUCGGUGCGACUGCCCUGACUUCAUAUGGAGGAUUUUGGAUCUCGCUGGCUAUCUCAUUCACGCCUGGUGGAUUUGGUAUCCAGAAAAGUUUGAUCGAAGCUGACAAUGGGAGUCUGGGAAUGUUCUAUGACUCCUUGGGACUGUUCUUGAUGGGAUGGUUCAUCUUCACUUUCCUAAUGCUGCUCUGUACUGUCAAAUCCACCGUUUUGUUCUUUUCGCUCUUUUCUUUGGUCGACGUGACUUUUCUUCUUCUCGGAGUUGGAUAUCUGAGCCGCAAUGAGCAGGAAGAGCCGAAUGCAAAGGUCAUCAAGGCUGGCGGGCUGUUUGCACUUCUUGCAGCCUUUUUGGCUUGGUGGGUGGCUCUUGCUGGUAUUGCCGAUAGCAGUAACAGCUUCUUCCUUGUUCCUGUUUGGCAUUUUCCAUGGUCGCCCAAGGGGAAGGAGAUUCGGAAUAUGGAGUAG